AUGGCGACCGACUUGGAAUCCGCCCAUGAGAAGCCCGCCAUAUCGGACGACGCCCACCAUGACCAACAAUCUAGCGAGCCUGACCAGCAAUCCAGCGAGCCUGACCAAACGGCAAUUGAACAAGAGAAGAAGGACAAUGUCGUCGACUGGGAUGGGCCAGACGAUCCCCAAAACCCGCGGAACUGGCCAGAAUGGAAACGCUUGACCCAAGUCGUCCUCGCCAGCGCCUUCUUGCUCACUGCCAACCUCGCCGCGACAAUGUUUGCACCUGGAGCUGCUGAGCUUGCGAAGGAGUUCCAUAUCACCAGUUCCACCGUUGUCACCCUCACUGUGUCCAUUUACCUUUGCGGCUUCGCCAUUGGGCCAAUGCUCAUUGCGCCGCUAUCCGAACUGUACGGACGCCUUGUCAUCUACCACACCUGCAAUGUCAUUUACAUUGGCUUCAUCAUCGGAUGUGCGCUGAGCAAAGACACCGCCAUGUUUCUCGUUUUCCGAUUCCUUGCCGGAUGUGCUUCUUCGGGCCCGUUGACAGUUGGCGGAGGGACCGUCGCCGACGUCGUCCCGCCAGCUCAACGUGGAAGGGCAAUGUCUCUUUUCUUCGUCGGACCACUUCUGGGACCAGUAUUGGGUCCAAUUGUUGGUGGCUUUGUGUCCGAAUCAAUUGGCUGGCGAUGGACUUUUUGGAUCAUCCUAAUCCUGGCCGGAGUAUCAUUCGCCAUAUCAAUCUUCUUCCUCCAUGAGACCAACGCCGCCGUGCUGCUAGCAUGGAAAGCUGCUCGCCUCCGGAAAGAAACUGGCAAUGCUGCUCUGGUUUCCAAGAUGGAUCGAGGCCUGACCCCCCGCCAGCUAUUCUUCCGCGCCAUUUCUCGACCAACAAAGCUUCUCCUCCUGUCGCCAAUCGUGCUCCUCCUUUCCCUCCUGUGCGCCUUCGUUUUCGGCCUCCUCUUUCUGCUGUUCACCACGUUUCCCACCGUCUUCGAGGAACAAUACAACUUCUCCGCCGGCGUUUCUGGCUUGUCGUAUCUCGGCGUUGGAAUUGGAAUGGGGGUCUCUCUCGCAGUCUUUGCCACUGUGAGCGACAAGCUGCAAAAGGCACGUGGAGAUUCGGCAAAACCUGAAGGACACCUGAAGCCCAUGAUGUGGGUUAUGCCCGCCGUGCCCGUCGGUAUCUUCUGGUAUGGCUGGGCAGCUGAGAAGCAAACUCAUUGGAUCGUGCCCAUCAUCGGCACCUUCUUCUUUGGAUUCGGCUUUCUCUGGGUCAUAAUGCCAACCCAGCUCUACCUGGUGGAUGCUUUUGGCCCUGAGGCUGCCGCCUCUGCUUUGGCUGCGAACGUGGUUAUCCGACUUCUUUUUGCAGCUUUCAUUCCUUUGGCUGGGCCGUCGUUGUAUGCAGCCCUAGGACUUGGAUGGGGGAAUAGCGUCCUAGGCUUUAUAGGCGUGGCUUUUCUUCCAGUGCCAUUCUUGUUCUAUCGUUACGGAGGGUGGCUUAGGGAGCGUUUUGUGGUGGUAUUGUGAUGGAGCCAACGGUACACCUGGAGUUUAAUUCAGUAGGAGCCAACAGCUG